AUGUCUGCGCAAAUGGUUGCUUGGGAACGGCUGGACGUGGUGGUUCGGAAACAAGAAUUGAUCGGAUCCCAAUUUGGCAUGGUUCUCCUUCUUACCAUCACCUCCCCAUACCUCGACGCGCUGCUCCCGCCUAUUUGCCCUGUACAAAGUAUAGCAGGCAUCCCACGCGUUUCAGCAAUCUUCAUAGACGGUGAAUUGGCGCGACGACAAAUCCGUGUUCGCUCGUGGCUCUGGGGUGAUACCACCUGCCCACACAUUUACGCCUAUCGCGCCAUCCGACUACGACAGGUGUCAUACACGUAUCAUGAAUCUCUUAGGACGACCGGCUUGACCGCCAUCGCGACACAGAUUGCGAAUUGGCAGAAUGACGGAUUUAUGUCUUUGCCUAGAUUUUCCUGGAUACGGGCCUCCGCUCUUUUAUGGAUAAACGAAGCUGAUUUCCGUGCUUUCCGAAUGUUGCAUAUAUGUUACGGGGUGGAACAUGUGGAAAGACAGACUAUUCAUGACCGGAAGGGAAGUCGCAGUUGUAUGUCUGUUGUCUCGGCACGUAUCUCCACUGCUUACAUUCUCUCUCACCAGUCCGACGUGUGGACCAGUACAGUCUUUCGGUAUGAACACCUUCCGAACCCCGAUUCAAUCCACGACUUCCCGGGCUAUCAAAUGCCGUCCAGAGGCCUAGACUGGCGUCGUGUUCCUUUUAUGUUACGCCUUGUGUGCCACAGAUGGAACCAAAAGUUUAAGAAGAUAAAGCGGGUCGCAGGGGGCUCUGAUGUUCUGGCAGCGGUCAUCGAACUUAUAUAUCUUACAGUCUAUCGUGGCUCAUCAGUUCGAACCCACCUCGAUGCUUGUGCACAGUGCCUCUUCGAAAUUUCGCAUAUAUCCAUCAUUUCCCAGCCACGUCAGGCAAACGUCAGGAUCACUGUGUAG